AUGCCUCCAUCCCUUGACGAAGACGGAAACGACUAUCACGGUCACGGCGAUGGCGACACUAUAAUUGUCAAAGGCGAAGACGAGUGGUCCCGUCCAUCAUCCCAAGAAAGCGACAUGUCUCCUGAACUAGAACCCCUGGUCAACCACCUCCUUUCACAAAUCAAUCCCCAACACCUCGAAUCGCCGGAGCCUAUAGAAGGAGACAUCCCCCUCAUAAAUCCCCGCAUCGAGCAGAUCGCGCCGAAACAGAAACCACGCAUCGUCAACCUCACGAUGGAAGAGCGACUACAAAUGAUGCCCGAGAAACGCCCUUUGCCUUGGAGACCUGGCGUUGAGGCUGGAGCUGAUAACGAGACGGGAGGAGAUUCGCGCCGAAAACAGAUUCGCUUUGGGUGUCUUCUUGCUACGCGUGGAGAAACUCAAAAUCCGCCUUGCAAUAGCUGUUCAAACGGUCGCGGGAAGUUCGAUAUGUGCGUCGCAUUAGAGGGCUUCUUCAAGGGCGCGUGUGCAAGUUGUCAACUCAGUGGCAGGCCGAAUAGAUGUAGUAUCAAGGUCAAUGAUGUACGCACGCCCGCAGUUCCCUUGAACAACGAAACUCCCCAACAACCCUCGAGCGAAGGUCCCCGGCCAAAGCGAAGACGUAUUCAAACUCAAAAGAAGAAAGAUAGCAAGGUACCGGAAUGGGAGAGUGCCAGACCCCAAUGGGAACAAGAGCUUGGAGACUCGCAAGCUCGACAGCAAUUGACGGGUAUGGCGCAAAGAACCUGGGCACCUGUAAACCCUUCAUCUGCAACCCCACAAUCGCAAAUUAUGAUGAAUGGAAAUGGAGUGAGGAGCGUUCCAAUCCCACAAAAUAAUACGGGUCGAACGAAUGCAAUUCCAAUAGGAUGGGCGACCGUCAAUGCGACCGUCGAUCAACCUUCUCCUGCACCAGGCAAAGCAAGAUACAGUACCGGAGGCGAUAGUAACGGGAUUGGCUAUCCAAAUAGCCAGGAGCAAAACAAGCGGGAGGAAACGAUUAUGGAUGACGGCGGAUCAGGGGCACUGAUCGAUGCGCUGCCAAAACACAAGCAGAGACAGGUAUACGGGCUCAUAAGUGGACUUCAAGGAGGGAUUCAGCAUAUACAGCGGGAGCUGGACUCGUUGAAAAGGGCUUUAGGGAUUGACGACUAG